AUGAAAGGAUGCUAUGCAUUGGUUUAUCGCCGGCAGAAUGAGAAAAAUUCUUCGAUUCCAGAUGUCCCAGAGCAUUUGCUGGGCGAUAUAGCAAGCAAGUUGGAGGAAGAAUUCAUUGCACAGACGAGUGCCACUACUGAAUUGACACUGCGACGUAAGAAUACUGUUGAAGAUUAUCACAAGCGCCUUACGAGUUUGUUCAGUCGUCUGCAGGUCAAAAAAGGCGAAGAGUUCAUGAAAAAUCCAGAAGAUGUUGUUUUUUUGCCGACUGAACUUUUUAGCAGUAUUUUGAUGCAAGAGUUCAGUACAAUGGUGGAAAGCAAUGAAGAGGCUGAAUCGAAAAUGUCGUUUCCACUGUGUGUGCAUAAUCAAAUAUCGCUUGAAAGCGUCAGAAAUGGUCUGAUUAAGGCAGUUAACAAGCAAGCAGCACUACGUUUCCUGGAAAUUUACGAUGUUGAAUACGCUGAGCUAAAAACGGGGUUUGUUUCGGCUUAA